CCGCAUGGGAUUGUGAAUAUGGCGAUCAGUAAUAAUUAUCUUCUUGAACCUGAAUUGCUAACGUAUUUUGGAGCAAAUUUACAAAUGCAACCUACCGACUUAACAUACGGAACAAGCUUAUUCGGAUCUCAUAGGCUUUUUGCAACGCUGUGCAAUUUGUUCAAUUCUGAAACAUUCAAACCCGUCAAACCGAUCCUUCCGCAACACCUAAUCACAGGACCAGGUUGUGGACCUUUAUUGGAUCAAUUGGCAGAACAUUUAGCUGAGCCGGGAGAUGGAAUGUUGGUUGCUGCUCCAUAUUAUAACGGAUACGAUGCAGAUUUCGCAUGUAGAUGUGAUGUGACAAGCAUUCCAGUUUUCAGUCAAACAGAUGACGGAACGGGUCCGAGUAAUUUUGAAGGAAAAUCAGCUUUACGUGGAUUUGCAAAGGCAAAACAAGAAUGGCAAACAAACAAUCCCGCAAAUGUGAUUCGAGCAGUGAUUGUUUGUAAUCCUCAUAAUCCGGUUGGAAGAUGUUAUGACCGGGAAGCGUUGUUGGAAUAUGGAAGAUUUGCGGAAGAGCACAAUCUGCAUUUAGUCUUUGAUGAGAUCUUUGCAAUGUCGACCUAUACCUCAACAAUCGAGAAUCACAAUCCUGAACCAUUCCAUUCCGCUUUAUCGAUCGAUUGGCAAAAGGAAGCUGGCUGCCAUCCCGGAAGAGUACACGUUAUUUGGAGUGCUUCGAAGGACUUUGGGAUCAAUGGUUUACGUGUGGGAACACUGAUUAGUCAAGGUAACCCUGCACUUUUACGAGCGAUGAAAGCUACGGCAAAGCUUUAUAUGGUAUCCAGUCCUGCUGAUGCGCUAUUUUGUGCGUUGAUUGAUAAUAAAGAAGUGUAUAAUGACUUUAUUCGAACCAAUCAAGCAAGAAUGGCACAGGCAUAUGACAUUGUUGUUCGUUGGUGUACUCAUCAUGAGAUCAAACAUGUUCAAUGUUCAGCAGGUCACUUCAUCCUGAUCGACUUAACUCGCUUUUUACCCGAACAAGUUGAUGGUCAACCACUCAAAGAUCCAGCUGCCAGAGAAGGUGCUCUUUGGACGCAUUUCCUACAGAAUGCCGUUUGCUUGACACCGGGUAGUAAUUAUCAUCAUCCACAAUUAGGCAUGUUUAGGAUGACUUUCACCCUUCGCCGACAGGCUCUACUGGAAGGAUUAUCUCGAAUC